AGGCACCUCCAGCGGCCUCACGGGAGUUGUAGUCGGCGGGGAGAGGCGAACCAGCGCCGGAGCUUCACCCCGGGCCGUCUCUCCGUGACAUGGCGGCGGCGGCGGCGCAGAAUUGCAAGAGUCACAGAGAAGAAUAAUCUUCACCAGCCCAAUGGUCAUCAAGGAUACAAAUUCUGCUGUUUUUAUCUAGAUGGAUGAAAAGGUUCACAGCCCAGGAGAGGUUAACAGCCCAGAAGGGGAGCUCCUUUGGUUUUCAAGAUGGCAGCAACUAGUGGUGAAAGCCAGCUGCAGAGAAUUGUCAGAGACCUGCAAGAUGCUGUGACUGAAUUAAGUAAAGAAUUUAAAGAAGGAGGGGAACCAAUCACAGAUGACAGUGUCAACUUGCAAAAAUUCUCCUACAAGCUUGAGUACCUUCUACAGUUUGACCAGAAAGAAAAAAACACAUUGCUAGGUAACAGAAAAGACUACUGGGAUUACUUCUGUGACUGUCUUGCAAAAGUCAAGGGAGCUAAUGAUGGAAUCCGCUUUGUCAAGUCUAUUACAGAACUACGAACAUCUCUUGGAAAAGGAAGAGCAUUUCUUCGUUACUCCCUGGUUCAUCAAAGGCUAGCAGACACCUUGCAGCAAUGUUUUAUGAACACCAAGGUGACCAGUGACUGGUACUAUGCAAGAAGUCCAUUUUUGAAUUCCAAAAUGAGUUCUGACAUCGUGGGUCAACUCUAUGAACUCACUGAUGUUCAAUUUGACCUGGCAUCAAGAGGCUAUGAUUUAGAUGCUGCUUGGCCAACAUUUGCCAGGAGAACACUGUCCUCACUUGGAUCUUCAGCAUAUUUAUGGAAGCCCCCAAGUCGCAGCUCCAGCAUGAGCAGUUUAGUGAGCAAUUAUUUGCAGGCCCAAGAGUUUCCCUCCAGCCCUGAUGCAAAUAGCUCACUAAAUGUUGAACACCUUGAAGGGUUUGAAGAGAUGCGUGUAGAACUUGACCAGGCUGAGCUGAGGCAGAGGGAACUUCAGGAUCGUAUUCACCACUUGGAGUUGGAAAACCAGGAGCUCCAGGCAGCUGUUAGCCUUCAGAAAGAACAAGUACAAGUAGAAAAGGAGAAGAGCAAUAACUACAGUGAGGAGAACUCCCGACUGACAAAGAUCAUCACAGAGUUACAGAAGCAGUGUGAGGUCUCACACUGCACUCAGAGCACUGUUCAUGACCUGCAGAAGUGCCUACAGUCACUGGAACUGAAUGCAGUAGAGCAGCAGAAGGAAUAUUCAACAAAGCUGGAGCAGCUGGUGACCAGCAAAGAAGACUGUGCUUCAAAAAUGCAGGUGUUGAAUCAGGAACUGGAGGCCUCUAGGGCUUUGGUUGCUAUGAAGGAUCUUUACAUCAAUGAGCUCAAAGCCAAGCUGAGUUCCACAGAGCAGAAGAACUUCAACUUCCUUGCAAAAGUUGAUGCUGCCUUGGAGGAAAAGGAACAGCAAGCCACAGCCCACUGUGACUCUGCCCUACAGAUACAGGCACUGUUAGAGAAGCUCCAGGAGACAGAAAAGGAAAAGGCAGAUAUGCAGAGACUCAAUGAUGAACAUGUGUCUCAGCUGAAAGCAGCAAGGGAGGAGCUGCAGCUGAGAGAAGAGGCACAGAAGGAGCUGGAAUCCAGAUACAAUCGCCUCACUGUUGACUCCAAAGAAGAAAGGGAAAAGCUGCAUGGGAGCCUGGAAACCAUGGCAAAGGAAUUAGAUGCACUUCAGAAGGCCUUGAGCCUGAAAGAAACAGAGAUGGCUGAGCUCCAGACCCAGGUAAUGGGGUCGCUGGCUCAGGUGGGGUCAAUGGAAAAAAGUCUUGAGGAAGCAAGGAAAGAAAAAGAGAAACUUGAGGAGGAGUAUGGUAGGAGAGAAGGAGCAUUGAAGCAGGAAGUCCAGUCACAAGCAGAGCAACUUGAACUAGAGGAGGGUCGCUUAACUAAGGUGAGUCAGACUGUGUGUAACCUUGAGGAGCAAAAUCAGAAACUCUUGUCUGAGAACAAGCAUCUCAGCCAAAAAGUCAAGGAGCUGGAAGACCAAGUGGAGCAGCAAAACUCUGCAGUGAGUGAAAUGGGUAAGGAGAGCAGGAAGCUGAAAGCAGAGAAUGAGAAUUUGCAGCAGACCAAGAAGAAGAUGGAAGGGAAGCUGAAAAGUUUGGAAACGUCUAAAGCUUCCCUGGAAGCUGAGGUAGCCAGUCUGAGAGCCGCUGAGAAACAGCUUCAGAGUGAGAUAGAUGAUUCCCUGGUGUCAGUUGAUGAAAAAGAGAAGAAGCUCCGGGAUGAGAACAAACAGCUGGAUGAAGACUUGCAGAAUGCCAGGAGGCAAAGUCAAACUCUGGAGGAGAGAUUAGAGGCUCUGCAGUCAGACUAUGAAGAGCUAAAGCAAAGAGAAGAGACCACCAAGGAGUCUUGUGCCUCACUUGAAGAACAACUGAAGACUGCCAAACAGGAUAAUAUACUAAUGGACAAAAGCAUAGGCACCUUGAAGGAAAGCAAUGAGUGUCUGCAGUCACAGCUUACAGAGAAGGAAGUGGAACUGCAAGGCCUGGAAAGCCUUUGUGAGCAACUAAGAGCAGAAGCUGAAAGACACAGAAAGAAAGCAGAGACUUUUGAGGUAGAAAAGCUCAGUCUUGAGAAGACAUGCAUCCAUCAAACAACACUUAUUGAAUCCCUCACAUCAGAAAAGAAAGCAGUGGAAAAACUCCAACUGCAGCCGGCACCUUCUCUGGAGAAGGAGGUGAAGGAGCUGGCCUCCAGAUUGGCCAUCAGUGAAGAGCAGUUGGAAGUCAAUCGAGGUGAAGUGUCCAGGCUGCAAGCAGAAGUCCUUGACCUGCGGGUCAAGCUUCAGCAGAUGACUGAUGAGAGAGAGCAGAUGAGAGGUGAUCUGGCAGUCAGAGAGACUGCCUUGGGUGAGCAGAAGGCACUUGUGCAGCAGCUGAAAGAGCAAAACGAGUCACUCAACAGAAACCAUGUGCAAGAACUGGUGCAAUGUAAAGAAAGAGAAGAAGUGAUGAAAAAAGAGCAGGAGACAGCAGCCCAUCAAAAAGCUGAGCUGGAAAAUAGUUUGCUGAACUUGAAGGAAGAGCUAUGUAAAGUUAAGCAGUACCUGGAAGCUGCUAGAAUGGAAAAUGAAGAAAACAAAGAACUCCUCCACAGGACCAACACAGAUAUGGCUGAACUUGGCAUUCAGAUUUGUGCCUUGACCUCUGAAAAGGUGGAUGCAGAAGAGCAGUUAGCCCAAGCCACAGAAAGACUCAAAGAAUUGGAGGAACAGUCAGCAGAACAACAGGAGAACCUGAAGCUUGAGCUUUCUAAUCUCAGGCAGGAGAACAAAAGCCUACAAGAGAAACUAGAGGAGGCUCAAAUAAGUGCUGCAGCUGUCCCAAGUCUGCAAUUGCAGCUGGAGACAGUAAAGAAACAGUCACAGAAUUUCCAAGAAACCAGCCAAGAAGAGCUGUCAGCAAUAAAAUUUCAAAUGAGCACAGAGAUUCUAAAUUGUCAGACAAAAUUCAAGGCUGUCAGUGAAGAGUGUGGGAACCUAAGAGGGCAACUUGAGGAGCAGAGGCGACAACUGCAUGCUGCAGAGGAAGAGAUUGCAGAAUUACAGGCUGCAAACACGAACUUGUCUAGAAAGCUGGAUGAAGCAAGAGAGCAGCUGUCUGAAUCAGAAUCUACUCGACUGCAGAAGGAAGAGGAGGUGACAACUCUGAGAGAACUCUUGGCAAGAAUCCAAAAAGAAGCUGAUGAAGCAAAAGAGAAGAUGAUGGAUUACAGUGAGAAGCUCAGCAAGGUGGCAGCAGACAGAGAUAGCAGUGACCAGAAGUUAUUUGCUGAACUGGAUGACCUAACAAGAACAAAGCAGUUCCUUGAGGAACGUUUGAUAGAACUUAUCAGAGAUAAGGAUGCUUUGUGGCAAAAAUCAGAUGCUCUGGAGUUCCAGCAGAAGCUUAGUGCAGAGCAAAGGUGGCAAGGGGACACAGAGGUUAAUCACUGUCUAGACUGCCAGAGAGAGUUCUCAUGGAUGGUGCGCCGACACCACUGCAGAAUGUGUGGUCGUAUUUUCUGCUACUACUGCUGCAACAACUACAUGGUGACAAAGCCUGGUGGAAAAAAGGAGCGUUGCUGCAGAGCUUGCUUUACUAAGCCCAGAGUCAUUGUGGACAGUGCAGAUGACUCUGGAUCCAGUGCCAACCAAGAAGAAUCACCAGCUUCAUUGGAAUCACCUGUGUCACCAUCCGAGAGGGCUUUUGUUGCAAAUGAAACCUCUAAACUACCAGAUGAUGCAGCAUUUGAUAUAAUCACUGAUGAGGAGCUGUGCCAAGUGCAGGAAUCAGACUCUCUCCACGAUGAAAGUCAGAUGGAGAGAGACUCUCUGGAUCGAAGCGUGACAGAUCUAAACAGCACAUGUAAUUCUUCAACCUACGAUGAAUCAGAAGAGUGGCAAGUUGCUCAAGAUGCUGAGAUAUGUUUGUUGAAGUCUGGAGAAAUCAUGAUCAAAUUACCCCUUACAGUGGAAGAGAUCCUAAAUUUUGGGGAAGGCAACAGAGAGCUGUUCAUUAAAUCCAGCACCUACAGUAUCAUUCCUAUCACUGUUGCAGAGAUGGGGCUAACUAUUAGCUGGAUCUUCUCAUCAGACCCUAAAAGCAUAUCCUUCAGCGUUGUUUACCAAGAAUCAGAAGACACACCACUGGAUCAGUGCAAAGUUCUGAUUCCUAUGACCCGCUGCAAUUCUCAUAAGGAAACUAUCAGAGGUCAGGUGAAAGUCAGAAACUCUGGAAUCUACACGCUGAUAUUUGACAACACAUUCUCUAGGUUUAUCUCAAAAAGAGUGUUUUAUCACUUGACUAUUGAACGACCUGUCAUCUAUGAUGGAAGUGAUUUUCCAUAGCCUUGACUCGACCGUGUUAUUUUUAAUUAAAAUUUUAAGAAAUGCUAUUAUUUAUGUACAUGGAAGCAUUGUGAUUACCACUGUGUUUGAAGAUUUUGAAACUAUGCAAUAGUUAUAAUGCACUUAGAGAACCUGUAUACACUAAAAAAAACCAGAAGCCUUUUUAGGAACACUAAUGGUUCUGUACUAUGUACAGAUUGCUGAAAAGCCAUGUUUGAUGUAACAGGUCAGGUAAUGUUCCAACCAAAUUUUUUUUCAGUGGGGAGAAAAAUAAUUGGGGGUGUGUCUAAAUGCAAACUGAAAUUCUCCACUGAAAAUUUAAUUACUUUUCUUCCAAAAAUAUCCUUCAAAAGGAAAUUUAAAGAAAAAUGUGUUUUGUUGACCUCUUUAAUGAGAAGUAAACAUAACCAUUUCUCUUCUGAUCUACUGUUCUUACAGUCAGAGCAACAACUAUGCAAUAUGUCAGUCUUCACAGGCAUAUACUGUAAUCCAUCUGGAAUUUUUUAUCUUUCCCAUGUUUUAUAAAGAGCAAACAUAGUGGUUUUUUACAUUUUGAGGCUAAGAUUUGGUAAAUCUUAACUGGCUUUUACGAAUGCUUCGGUACUGAAUGCCAGUUACAAAACAAUACAACACAAAGCAACAACUCCUUUUUCCUUUUGCUCACCAUACUCUGUAAGUUGGUGGCAGAAUCAGGAGUAUAAUUUGUAGAAUCAUGUACUGCUCACUGUGUGAUAUUAGGAAGAGGAGCAUUCCUUUUUCUGGCUUUAGCACCUUAAUCAUCAGCUUUCACAGGAAAGCACAUUUUCUGAGGAGGUCAGCAAUCUCUCUCCCUUUACACCAGGUGGAAGUUAGCAAUAAUGUUUGAAUUGGUCCCAAAAAGUCCAUCCAAAACUGAAUGCAUAUCCAGCCCUGAUGAGGUCUCCACCCAGUGUUAGUGCAUUCUGCCCUUUCCCUAACCCUGCCAUUGCCCUAAUCAGCUGUUGGGUUUCCAUCUGCAGUUAGAAGGCAGAGCUGGAUCUAAAUGCAGGCUUUUAAGGGAAGGCUAAAUUCUCCUUUAUGCAGAGUUUCCAUACAAACUGUCUGCUUCAAGCAUAGGGUUUCUACUCUGUUGAAGUACCUGAAAGCAGAUUUUUCUGUUUAAGAAUCCUGUCUGCUGAUGGAAAGGCAAACGUUUGACAGGAAAAAGAAGAAAAGCUCUUUUAGGUGUGUCUGAGUUCUCAUGGUAUGGCUCACCAAAGGAAACCUCAGACGUGGGAGAUUUUAGUGCAGCAGUUAGUAGAUGGCCAGCUCAGCCUGCCAAAAACCCUGUAGACUCUUGGUGACAGCUGUAGCUCGUAUACAGGGGUCAUGGUGAGAGACAGACAGUAAAAUAUGAGAGGGAAAGAAGAAAAGAGGACAAGCACAAGCUGAAGCAAAUUGUUGAGGGGAGCAGAAAGAAAGCACAGGAUCAAACUUGUAUAAUAAAAACAAGGGCAGGGGAUUGGAGGGAUCAGCUCAAUAGAAAAAGAAGUGGGGAGUGUCCAGUUGGUGUUUAUUUGUGGCUGGUCCAAUCUGUUAGCCACAAGGGAUCUUCUUCUAUGGCAAAAGGCUGGUUGGGUGAAAGGUGGAACUCACAAGACAAGUGUUGAGUAUUUAUACAGUAGCAGCCAAGGUAGAGGGAAGUUUCUGAUCAUAGUAAGGAAAAGAAUACUGCAGGCAAAACUAAGUGUUGCUAAUCAUUUAUUCUAGAUGUUGCCACUGUGUAAAUACAGUGAUCUUGAAAAAGAUUGUGGAAGAAUGACUGCCUUUCCUGAAACACCUAGAUUUUAGGUGUCUGACUCAUCAGUAGCUUUCCCUUCCCUUCAGACACUCCUUCCCCAUAUGGGUGGUGUGCUCCCCAGCCUCUCCCAGCCAGAGGGUCAGGGAAAGGUGCAGGCUGGUUUACUCCUCCUGGGGGAACAGGCUGCAGUGCAAUAAACCCUUACCUGGCUGUAUGCAUGAAAAGGAGGUGGACAAGAGACUAAAGUUGGCAAUAAAUAGGCAAUAAAUGGCACAUGGAACAGUUCAUGAAUUACGGGGUAUUUCAGUGUUGAAGCUAUGUUUUAUAUUUAAUUAAGCAAGAAGAUAUUAUUUAUUGCUUAAAAAUGGAGUAUUGUGUACUAUAUACUAUGCUAUUUCACUUGAGCUUUUACUGGAGUCUGCUGCAGUUUUCCUUUAAACUUUUAGGUGUGGUUUUAAAAAGCAUUAUUUUGCUAUUAUUUUAGUUAGAAUACUAAUCUUACUAGGAUACCUUUCUUAAAAUGCCAAAUGAAAGGUAAAGGGACACUGUCAAGUAUCUUAAGUCAACUAUAACACCUCUGCUCAGAAGUAUUUGAAAUAUCUCCAUUCAAAAUUAUUUGCAGAGCUUGCAUCUUUGCUUUCAGCAUCCCAGUUCUUAACAUUUUUUCAUCCUGUGGCAAAUGGUUUUAGCAGCUGUUUAUGUAACUUCUUAAGUAAUUUGCUCCAUCUAGUAAGCCAGUCUUUCAUGUAGACUAUCCUGAGGCUGGUUGAAGCAUAUGUUUGGGAGGAGAGGAAUAAAAACACUGGAUAUUUUUACUUAGCAUUUUAGUUUUUAGGAUAAUUUUCUUCAGGUUUUCCUGCCUCAUGGACGUAAGUUUCAUGGCUAUUUUGCUCUCUGAAAGAGGAGUAAGAGUGGGAGCCAGAGCCUGUAGAAAAGCAAAAUUUUGCUUCUAACCAAGAAGAAGCAGAAAAAUUUAAGAAGCAGAAAACAUUGCUAAAGAGGAAUUGUUCAAACUGGUAAGGUACAGUAAGUGCAACCAUUUAAAGCUGCUGUUGAAGAACAGGAAUUCCAUCAUAUCACUUAGAGGAAGGAGUCUUUUACACCUCGGAGGCUGCAUGGAGAAGACAGUAUAGAACCUGUGUUUAGUACCUGCCUUCUGUUUGAACGUCACAGAUGGCUUAGUACUGGGAUCACAGAAACCCAAUAAAGGACAUAGCAUAAGUGCAGGUUUGUGCAAGAAGUUAUUUCCUUCAAGCACCUUAUACCUCCUUUGUUCAUGUGAGCUGGGUCAAGGAUGCUAGUUAAUCUAUUUAUAGGUGCUUAGAUAUGUCAAAUUGAGCCUUUUAUUAAUUCCAGUAAUACAAUUAAGAGAAAUAUUUGAAAUCGAUGAUGAUGAAAUGAGUUUAAGGGGAUGUCACACUCAUGGGACAAAGAGAGUAUACGUUGUGGUCAGUAUAAGCAACUGGAAUUUUUUCUGGGUGCUGGAACAGUGGAGGGUAGUAUUUUUUGUUCUGCAGAGGUUUAUGCAAAGGAAAGAACGCAGCUGCUUUAAGAAAGUGACAGUGUUCCUUUACUCAAUGUUACUCAGUGUUGCUUUAUGAAAAAACACUGAGAUGUGCUGCACAAGAGUGUACCACAUGUUACAGAAUAUCAAAGGUACAAAAGCCUGACUCUGCUCCUUUUUUAAAACUGAAAUUGCACUACAGUUUUAAUCAUGCUCAAUCACUGAGAUCGUAACUUGUUCAGAAGCAUCUUUUGGUUUUAACUGCCAAAGAAUUCCAAACCCCGUUCACAUCAAACUUCACUCUCCAGAUAGGUGAAAGAGAUCUGUGUAUACCAGCAUCUGUACAGUUACAAAGAUGUAGACGGUUGUGUACUGGAAUAUUUCUUGAUGCUUUUUUUUUCCUUUUUUAACCUCAGGAAUUAAAAAAAUGAAAUUCUGUAUCAAGA